ACGAAAACUCUACACGUAGUCCUUUCGUGUCUCCACAAAGGAACGCUCACAUAUCCUCGUCGCCCUUUCCAGCAGAAAAUUAUUGGUCAUCGCGACGACGACGGUACUCUGCAACCGGAGAGCCGAACUCAAUGCGCCAGCGCCCGUUAGGACACCUGGGCUCAUUCGGCCAGCACGGCACCUGGAAAGACCCACGGAGGAGCGCGCGCGAGAGAGAGCACCUUUGUCCAGUGCACGUCGCGAGUGUCCGAGCAAGUGCUGUCACCCCCAACGCCCAUACUGAGAGCAGGCAUCCAACGAACAGUGAUCUACUUUUGGAACACGUAGCAACUUGGAACAAAAGAUGGCCACCCGCGAGGACGCUGGUCAAGCUGAUGGAAACCAAUUUUCAAAUAGUGAUCUCUAGUUGGAGUCUGGAGUGUUGGGAAAUUGGAAAUAUCGAUUCCAAAAAAAUCGUUGAAGGUGAAAAGAAGUAACGGAAAAAAGUUUGAAAUUUAUUGCUCACUUUAUGGGAAUCGUGAAAAAUCUCAAAUGGAAUAUGUGUCCUCAGUGAAAAAAUUGAUUGGGUGUCAUGGAGUAAUAGUGAUUAUGUUGAAAAUAAGUUCUUUCUAGCCGCAAAUUGCUACAAAACGAACGAAAAUUUGCAUCUCAAAUCUAAUCGAUUGAAGUGACGCGCAAAACCGUUCUUCGUGACUGUCGAAACGAACGAUUUUCCGAUGACCAGUUCAAGCAAAAAGUAAAAAUUGUUAAUUUCAAAAAAAUAAAACUCAAUCGCCAGCAAUUCCAUCACGAUGACGCAACUGGAGGACGAUGUUCUGCUGAACAACCUGCUCAAAUUCCCCGGAACCAUCAUCAUUUACAACAAUGACCUGAAUACCUACAAUUACGUCCUAAAUGGCCACAACUCGAUUCCACUGACUCCCGCCACCACUGCGCUAGCCGACGGCACCAUCGAUCUAAGCGGCACAGUUUCCAUCAAUGUAGAAACCGUGCCACCGGAAGCCCCUCCGCCGCCUCCUCCUCCUCCUCCUGCUGUUAACACUGCUGGCCAUCCAACAGUGCAGCACCACCAAUACGAAGAAGCAAGCAGUUCAAGCAGCAGUGCGGACGCUUGUAACGAAUCGUCUCUUGCCAACACCAGCAUUACGGAAGACUGCGAUCCAACCGAAGAGGGCCAACCAAUGGAAGCUGACGAGGACGACUCUGAACCGGAGUUGACUAACCUCUCGUGGUUGACCGAACUGAAAAACAUCACCAACCUGACGCCGUCGGACGUCCCGCUGACGGAUUUACCGACGGCACGAUUCAACAAAUUCAUCGCCCAAGUGCGAAGAAGCCGCGAAUCGUACGACAAACGCAAGGAGCAGUACACUUCAGUGGUGAACGCCACCGAAAAGCCACCCUUCAAUUAUGCGCAAAUCAUUGCGAUGGCUAUGCUGGAUGAGGGACGGAUGACCUUGAAACAGAUCUGCAAGUGGAUACAGGAAAAGUUUGCGUACUACAAGGCGCAUAAAAAUUGGAACAACUCCAUUCGACAUAAUCUUUCGUUAAGCUUCUACUUUACCAAAGUAUCACGCGCCAAAGACGAGAAAGGUAAGGGAGGAUACUGGGAGCUUUCAAUGGACGCAUCGAAGAGUGAGCGGAAACGAAUAAGAAUCCGGCAACGUAAUCGAGGCAGCUCUGCAGGUUCUUCGAUUCGCAGUCGAAACCGACAGCGAAAGAUGGACACCAGCGAAGAAUCGACUAUCGAGUGCAGCAGCAGCAAUGGAAAGCCGCCUACCGAUAGUGUCGAUGGAAACAAUAACGACAGUCCAUCAACUGUCGUAUGUUACACGGAAACUAGUGCCGAACAGAUAAUUAUGGAUGAUCAAAUGAUCCACAAUGUCACCAUCGACAGCGUGGACAACGUGAGCAACGCCGAUUCUGGUUGCGUAGAUAUUGAUCAGAUAUCGACUAUUAGCGAAUCGCCCAUAAUUGCCGGCAGCGAUGAUCAGUUGAUUCAUACGAGCGCUUUGGUAGAAAACUGCAAUAUUAAUUUUGAUUCAAUUAUCAACGCGGAAAGUGGCACCAGUAUUUUCACUAAUCUCAGCGUAGAUGAGAUUUUUUCGGACAAUGAAAUUCCCCAGCCAGCCAAUGACGACAUCGUGGUUCCCUUCUUCGGUACCAACGGUCAACCGAUGGUGCAGACAGGUCCAAAUGUGAUUGUUGAAACGAUUCCGUACUUUCUUCCUGACAUGGGCAACUUUGACGAGCAAGACUUUGGUAACCUGAUCAAUAUGAACGAGCAGGAAAUCAGCGAUGAGUUUCUCAACGAGCAUGGAUUUCUGUAAUCUAGAGAUCGUCGAAUAUUAGCAUUUUGAACUUUGUACAUUUUAGCCAACUCCACGGCGUUGUAAUAUUGGCUGUUGGUGCCUUUCUCAGAACAGUGUUUAUUCCGUCCUCGCUAGCCAUAAAAGAAAUAAUCGAAAUGAAAUUUGUCUAGUCCAUCUACGGUAAGUUUGUAAGACUACAAUUAGAGAAUAUGACAUACAGUUUGCAACCAAUUUGAAGGAUACGUGCCGAGUUUGUAAUAAGAAGGAAUAAGAAUAAGUCUGAACAUCAGAAAAAAACAUUACUUUGUCAAAUCUGUUGAAACCACUAUUGAACUGUAUAAAUAAGAGGAAAAUUAUCAUAAUCAUACUCUCAAACGCGUAGUGUGAUAAAUGCGAGCACAAUAAAACUAUUCAUUGCACAGAUUCAACUUAA